AUGGUAGAGAUCGUUGAGCAGUAUCAUGAGCGUGGCAUCGUCGUGGUCUUCAGUCGUCUGAGAGAAACCGCGGCACGGAUCUUCUACCAAUCGGGUAUAGUAGAUCUGGUAGGUAAAGACCACAUGUUCGAGAAGCUCGUAGACGCUGUUGAUGCUUUGGAACGGGGCAAUAAGAGCCCAGAUUCCGUAUCAGGACAGUCCAGUGUGCAGAUUACAUUCGAUGACGACUUUGCGAAGGCGUCUACUACGGUUAGACCCGAGUCAGCCCUGUCAAAGCAGAACGUCAGUACUUAUACAUUACGGAGUGACGCCCCGUCUGAUCCCAGGAUACCACCGCUGUCACCUACCAUAACAGAUAUACAAGAACAGACUGCUUCACUGGAUAGCGUAGAUGAUUAA